AUGAACGUGGUGGGGAGCUACCAGGGCCACCCGCACCCGCACCAUCACCCGCACAGCGCUUUGCUGCACGAGCCGUUUCUCUUCGGGCCGCCUCCUCCGCCGCCGCCGCCCCCUGCGCGAUGUUUCUCGGCGGCGGCGGCGGCGGCAGCAGCGGCCGCGGCAGCCGCAGCGUCCGACCGGCCCUUCGCGCAGGGCUGGCUGUUGAGCGCAGCGUCGGCCGAGCUGUCUCCGCCGCCUCAGCCGCCGCUGCCGCCGCCGCCGGAGCUGGUGUGUGCUGCGGCCGGGCUGACCUCCUCGGCUUCGCCCUCUUCGUCCUACGGCAGCAGCCCCUCGGAGCUGGGCGGGCGCCUGGCGGGGAGACGGCGGGCCGGCCCCGCGCCUGGAGCCCCGCGCAAGGAGCGGCGACGCACCGAGAGCCUGAACAGCGCCUUCGCCGAGCUGCGCGAGUGCAUCCCCAACGUGCCGGCCGACACGAAGCUCUCCAAGAUCAAGACGCUGCGCUUGGCUACCAGCUACAUCGCCUACCUCAUGGAGGUGCUCGCCAAGGACGGGCCGGCCGCCGAGGGCUUCAAGGCCGAGCUCAAGAAGGCCGAGCCCCGCGAUGCCAAGAGGAAGCGCGAGCAGCCGCAGCCCGUGGGAUAUUCUCAUGCUUUAGGUCAAGGCGAAAAAAGGCUUAAGGGCAGGACUGGGUGGCCUCAGCAGGUCUGGGCGCUGGAACUGAAUCAAUGA